CGCAACUGGAGGAAAGUCAUUCGCAAUCAUGGCCGACGAAGCAGCUCCCAACACAAACCAGAACAACGAAGAGGACAAGAAGAAGGCCGAGGCCAUCACUAUCCGAGUCAAGGACCAGUCGGGCGAGGAGACGUUCUUCAAGGUGAAGCCCAACACCAAAAUGGACAAGAUCUUUACCGCCUACGCACAGCGCAAGGGCGUUCCUGCCAGCGCACUGCGCUUCUUGCUGGAUGGUACGCGUAUUAGCGGCGACCAGACGCCCAAGAUGCUCGAGCUUGAGGACGAAGACCAGAUUGAUUGUGCACUUGAGCAGGUCGGAGGCUUCCGAUGCUAAGACUUUAGGCUUUUGUAUGAGUGAGGGGAGAGCACAGUCAAGGAGAAACACAGAAGCAACACGACUCUCUCGUCAUUAUCUACGCAGGUCGCCUCUACCGUCUUUAAAGUGGCAUCUUGUAAGGAGCGACUUGCUGGCUUGCCGACUUCGGGGAACCGUCGUCACAAGUUCUUAACAAGAAGGCAUGCAGAGCGAUGUGUUAACUUCUAACAAACCUCGACACUGUUAAAUGCAAGUUCCAAUGUUUCAUUUGUA